AGUCUGAAUGACUCCAGCGCGGUUUCUGCCGCUUUAAUGAGCGCUGUAUUGUUCGCUAACAGCAGCGCUCAGUGCGAUGAAGCCUUUAUUAUAGUUAUUUACUUUGAUGUCGAUCCGUUAAUACUCAGAUAGUUUGCAUUUAUGUCAAGUAUUUGAGUAAAAGAAUCAAACCUGUCAUGUUGCCGCGAUGCGGUGUCUGAUUUGUGACCGAAUCGUUCAUUUGAGUCGAUUCGCAGUUCGAACUAAACGACUCACUAGUGAAUCAGUCUGAAUCAGAAUCUUUUUAAGCUUGUUUUUUGUGUAAAACUCUUAUCCAGCAAUCACAAACGAGUGGAAAUGUCGUGGGUGAAGUCAUGAAAAUGCUUUUUUUAUAGCUCAUAGGUGUUAUGCAGGCUUUCAUGUACAUAUUAUGAUGAUUUUCACUGUUUUCACAUGAUAUGCCUUUGAUGUGCAGUGCUUUCAGGUUUUCUGAGACCAGAAGCAAGAGUUUAAUUUGAGGAGCAUGCCUGAAAUCAAACUCAAGCGUGUCGUGGCGUGCAGCAGUGAGGACAGUACUCACAAAGCAGAUAACCUCCUGAGCUGCGACUCCUGCAGAAAAUGGAGAGCUGGAGAGAAGCACGUUUCAGUCAUUCUUCAGCUGGAAAAGGAAGAGCAAAUUCACAGCAUAGACAUUGGAAAUGAAGGCUCUGCUUUCACUGAGGUCCUUGUUGGGCACUCCACGUCAGUCAAAGACCAAGACUUUGAGGUUCUGCUGGUCACGUCGUCCUUCAUGUCGCCCACAGAGAGCCGCAACGGCACGAACACAAGCCGCGUGCGCUUCUUCGGGCCGAGCCAGCUGCUGAAGGCCACGGCGCAGGAGAAGUGGGACCGUGUGAAGAUGGUGUGCAGUCAGCCGUACAGCACGUCCACAGCGUAUGGAGUCUCCUUCAUAAAGCUGCAGGCUCCUCCAGACGCUGACGAUGGUCCCGUCUCGACUCCUCCGAAACUCACUAAACUGGGUCAGUUCAGAGUCAAAGACGAAUCCCCUUCCUCUGGCUCUAAUAUCCACCCGGGAAGCCUGUUCUUCAGCAGAGACGGCGGCACUGCUAAAACCAGCACAGGCCUCAAGGAGUCUCCUCAGAACGUCAGAUUGAGUUACGCUGCUGCUGCUCUGAAAUCUGAAGGUUCGUCCACACCGUCGUCUUCCAGCAGCUCACAACAGGCUCCUGUGAAGAGGAAGUUUGAGUUCAGUAAAGAGCGUCUGGAAGCCGCCGGUCCACUAAAAGCUCCUGUGAAGAGGAAGUUUGAGUUCAGUAAAGAGCGUCUGGAAGCCGCCGCUUCUCCAGCCCAGAGGACAUCAGACAAGCGAGAGAGUCCUAAAUCCAAGCCAGAGCCCAAACCUAAAGCCAAGUCUGCAGAACCGGUGCCUUUUAACCGCAUCAUGGAGGGAGUGGUGUUUGUCGUGAGCGGCUUCCAGAACCCACUUCGCGGAGAGCUGCGGGACAAAGCGCUGGCCUUGGGAGCCCGAUACCGACCCGACUGGACCCCAGACUCCACACACCUCAUCUGUGCUUUCGCCAACACGCCCAAAUACAGUCAGGUGAAAGCAGCCGGAGGCGUCAUCGUCAGGAAGGAGUGGGUGAUGGACUGCCACAAAACAAAGCAGAAGAGUUCCUUCAAACGGUAUCUCAUGAAUGGAGCCGAGUCCAGUUCGGAGACUGAAGCAGAAGAGGAUGAGAGCGAGGAGGAAAUGCAGAAAGCGCAGAAUCCGUCACGUGAACCCGUUUGCCCAGCAAAGGAAAGCACAGUUCAGGUGAAAGAUGAAGAUCUGUACGGCGGCUCUACUGAUGAGAACACGGAUGGCGACGCGUCUGGCAUGGACACUGAAGAUGAGCUGAACAGGGUGAAGAUGGAGAGCAGGAGGAAGAAAGCAGCAAAGGAAAGCACAGUUCAGGUGAAAGAUGAAGAUCUGUACGGCGGCUCUACUGAUGAGAACACGGAUGCUGAGGAAGAGGAGGAUAAACCCAUCCCUGAACUGCCAGACUUCCUAACAGGAACACGCUUCUAUCUUUACGGCAAGUUCCCUGACAACCAGAAAAGGCAACUUCAGCGCUACAUCAUCGCCUUCAACGGAGCUGUCGAAGACUACAUGAGCGAGAAGGUCCAGUUUGUCGUCACCAGCGAGGGAUGGGACGAAUCCUUUGAGGAUGUUUAG